AUGGCUUCCAACAUCUUCCAGAAUGAGUUGACCUGCUCCGUGUGCAUGAAUUAUUUCAUAGACCCAGUCACCAUAGGCUGUGGGCACAGCUUUUGUAUGCCUUGUCUCUGUGUCUGCUGGGAGCAAGCCCCACGUCCUCCUCGCUGCCCUGUGUGCAGGGAAACAUCACAUCAAACGACCUUUAAAACCAACAUUGUCUUGAAGACACGGGUCUUCCUUGCCAGACGGGCAAGACCCUACCAAUUCCCACGCACUGCAGAACAGAUGUGUGAGAUACACCUGAAAACAAAGAACUUUUUCUGUGAGGUUAUCAAGGAUGCACUCUGUUUGCUCUGCUGUAAGGCUGAGGAGCACGUGGCUCACAGACAUUGUUCUGUUGACUGGAUCGCUGAGGAAUACCGGGGUUAUGUGACUCUACGGAGGAAGAUGAUCCGUGCUGAAUAUCAGAAGGUGUGUCCAUUGCUCUACAAGGAGGAGAAACGUCAUUUGGAGAGAAUAGAAAAGGAAAGCAAAGAGAUUUUGCAACAACUCAAGCAAAGUGAAGACAGCAUGGACCUAAAGGGGAAACUCCUAAGAGGAAUGUAUGAGGAGCUCAAGGACAUGUGCCAUAAACCAGACAUGGAGCUGCUCCAGCAUUUUGAAAACACGUUGAAAAGGAGUGAGUCGGUGCAGCUGCACGUGACCCAACCUGUGGAUCCACAGCUCAGUUCAUGGCCCAUCACUGGGCUGAUAGGCAGGCUCAACCGAUUCCAAGUGUAUGUUUCCUUGGAUAAUGAAGUAGUCACUGGUCACAUCCCACUGUUUGAAGAUCUGAAACGUUUUCUCUUUGGUACUGAUCAUCUUGAAGUUGCCAAUAAUUCAGCAAGAUCUAAAUAUUUUCUUGCCUGGGGAGCCCAGUCAUUCACUUCUGGCCAACAUUACUGGGAGGUGUAUGUGGGGGACUGUUCGAACUGGGUCAUUGGAUUUUGUAAUGAUUCUUGGACAAUGAGGAAUGACAUGGUCCUUGACUCAGAGGGAAUCUUUCUACUUUUUUGUGUCAAAGACGACAAUGGGUGCAGUCUCUUUACCUCUUCCCCAGUGUUGCCUCAGUACGUAGAAAGGCCUGUAGGCUGCGUGGGGGUGUUCCUGGAUUACGAAUGUGGUACAGUGAGCUUUGUUAAUGUGGCCGAUAGUUCCCUCAUUUGUAGUUUCCUCUCGUGCUCCUUCUCUUCCCUUCUCAAGCCUUUUCUUUGCUGUGGACUCCCAUAA